AUGCUAGAGACUAUUGCAUCACCACUCACCAGUCGUUUCAAUUACCAAAGAAUUGAACUGAAACGCUGCCUUCCUGCUUUUUUAUCUUCUCACAAAACUCUCUUUACUCUCCUCUGGAUCGCCGCCUUCGCCUCCGUCUUUCUAUGGCAACGCAAUGCCGUUGGCGGUGGAUUUUCCGCUUUCUGGCGAGGACCCCUCCGCCCCAUGCCCAAAAUGCGUCCUGUUGCUUUCAAUUUGACGGAUUUUGGUGCCGUCGGUGAUGGUGUUACUGUAAAUACCGAGGCUUUUGAGAGGGCAAUUUCAGCAAUUUCUAAAUUGGGCAGAAGAGGUGGUGGCCAACUUAAUGUGCCUCCAGGAAGGUGGUUAACGGCACCUUUCAAUUUGACUAGUCAUAUGACUCUCUUUCUUGCUGAGGAUGCUGUUAUACUUGGAAUCCAGGAUGAGAAGUAUUGGCCUUUAAUGCCUCCAUUGCCUUCAUAUGGGUAUGGGAGAGAGCAUCCUGGACCUCGAUAUGGAAGUUUAAUCCAUGGUCAGAACCUCAGAGAUGUUGUUAUAACAGGACACAAUGGUACCAUAGAUGGACAGGGUCAAACAUGGUGGAAGAAGUAUCGCCAAAAGCUUCUCAACCACACUAGGGGGCCACUUGUGCAGAUAAUGUGGUCAAGUGACAUUGUGUUUAUGAACAUAACUCUGCGAGAUUCCCCAUUUUGGACACUUCAUCCAUACGACUGCAAGAAUGUAACAAUCAGGAAUGUUACAAUUCUGGCUCCCAUAUUUGAAGCCCCAAAUACUGAUGGAAUUGAUCCUGAUUCGUGUGAGGAUAUGGUAAUUGAAGACUGUUACAUAAGUGUGGGGGAUGAUGCGGUUGCAAUAAAGAGCGGCUGGGAUCAGUAUGGAAUUGCAUAUGGACGACCUUCAACGAAUAUUCUCAUCCGUAAUCUUGUAGUUCGCUCUAUGGUCAGUGCCGGCAUAUCAAUUGGCAGUGAGAUGUCAGGUGGGGUAUCAAAUGUCACUGUCGAGAACCUCCUUGUGUGGAGCUCAAGGCGUGCAGUUCGGAUCAAGACCGCCCCUGGAAGAGGUGGAUAUGUUCGCCAUAUAACAUACAGGAACCUGACAUUUGACAAUGUACGAGUUGGAAUUGUUAUUAAGACUGAUUACAAUGAACACCCAGAUGAAGGUUAUGAUCCAAAGGCUGUUCCAAUACUUGGGGACAUAAGCUUCACUGGAAUCCAUGGUCAAGGAGUUCGUGUACCUGUUCGCAUACAUGGGAGCGAAGAAAUUCCAGUUAGGAAUGUGACUUUCCAGGAUAUGUCAGUGGGGUUAACUUACAAGAAGAAGCACAUAUUCCAGUGUGCCUUUGUACAAGGUCGUGUAAUAGGGACCAUCUUCCCUGCCCCAUGUGAAAACCUUGACCGGUAUGAUGAGCAAGGAAAGCUGGUUAAGCACUCUGUCUCACAAAACUUGACAGACAUAGAUUAUGAUUUUUGA